AUGUCUCUCGCCACAGCCACGGACGUGGACGGCGACGCCACGAAGACGGACCUGAACGAUCAUCACGCCAGCCCCUCCAACAUAGGUUCCGCGUCUGCAAGCGCCACGUCCGAUCCUGCAAGCGCCGUCACGCGUGUGCUCGGGACAACAGAGCUUCUAGAGCGGAUUCUGCUGGCCCUAACCUUCCGCCGCCUCCUUCGCGCGCAGCGCAUCAACAAGACUUUCCUCGCCACUAUCCUUCAGUCGGUGCAGCUACGCAGAGUACUGUAUCUCGAACCCGUGCCAGUAAAAGCAUCGUCCAAAUUCGCACCCUGGUACGACAAUAAGUCAACCAAGCACCUCGCCACCAACGCCCAUGUACGCGUCGUUCCCAUCGUCCCCUUUGGCAGCAGCUACUACGACCCUAGCAAAAGGACCGCCAUCAUUCGCUUUGGUCGCAACGGCUUGCGGUCGCAUUAA